GAGUAGGCGGGGCUUCGGUGAGGACCCCGGGCAGGGCGCCGCCGCCGGUUUGUCUCCGCUUUCCCUCAGCCGCCUUCUUUCAACCUUGUUCGCUCCUCGGCGCGGCCUCUAAUGUGGCCGCGGCUUCGGUCCCUGCCGUGGGUCCCCUCUUCCCUCCCUGCCCAGCGGUUCCCCAGGGUGUCCUCCAUGGCCUUACUCACUGCGGCUACCCGGCUCCUUGGGGCCAAGAAUGCAUCCUGUCUUGUUCUUGCUGCCCGACAUGCCAGUGCUUCUACAACAAAUCUGAAGGACAUCCUCAGCAACAUGAUACCUAAGGAACAAAGUAGAAUCAAGAACUUCAGGCAACAGCAUGGCAAGACUGUAGUGGGGCAGAUCACUGUGGACAUGAUGUAUGGUGGCAUGAGGGGUAUGAAAGGAUUAGUAUACGAAACAUCAGUUCUAGACCCUGAUGAGGGCAUCCGUUUCCGUGGCUACAGUAUCCCAGAGUGCCAGAAGUUGCUCCCUAAGGCCAAGGGAGGGGAAGAACCCCUUCCCGAGGGUUUAUUCUGGCUGCUUGUGACUGGACAAAUUCCAAAUGAGGAGCAGGUGAGCUGGCUGUCCAAAGAAUGGGCAAAACGAGCUGCUCUGCCCUCCCACGUGGUCACCAUGUUGGACAACUUCCCUACUAAUCUGCAUCCAAUGUCUCAGCUCAGUGCAGCUGUCACCGCCCUCAACAGUGAGAGUAACUUUGCUCGAGCUUAUGCUGAAGGCAUCAAUCGGGCCAGAUACUGGGAGCUGAUUUAUGAGGACUGCAUGGAUCUCAUUGCCAAGCUACCUUGUGUUGCAGCAAAGAUCUACCGGAAUCUAUAUCGUGAGGGCAGCAGCAUUGGGGCUAUAGACACCAAACUGGACUGGUCUCAAAACUUCACCAGCAUGUUGGGCUACAGUGAUGCCCAGUUUACUGAGCUCAUGCGCUUAUACCUCACAAUCCACAGUGACCAUGAGGGUGGCAACGUAAGUGCCCACACUAGCCAUCUGGUGGGCAGUGCUCUUUCAGAUCCCUAUCUGGCCUUUGCAGCUGCCAUGAAUGGACUGGCUGGGCCUCUCCAUGGACUAGCCAAUCAGGAAGUACUUGUCUGGCUGACGAAGUUGCAGAAAGAAGUUGGCAAAGAUGUAUCUGAUGAAAAACUUCGUGACUACAUCUGGAACACACUCAACUCAGGCAGGGUGGUCCCUGGCUAUGGCCAUGCUGUACUAAGAAAAACUGAUCCACGAUAUACCUGUCAGCGGGAAUUUGCUCUGAAACAUCUGCCUGCUGAUCCCAUGUUUAAAUUGGUGGCUCAACUCUACAAGAUUGUACCUGAUAUCCUUUUGGAGCAGGGCAAAGCCAAGAACCCGUGGCCCAAUGUAGAUGCCCACAGUGGGGUGCUUCUGCAGUACUACGGCAUGACAGAGAUGAAUUACUACACAGUUCUCUUUGGCGUUUCACGGGCGCUGGGGGUGCUGGCACAGCUCAUUUGGAGCAGAGCUCUGGGUUUCCCCCUAGAGAGGCCCAAGUCUAUGAGCACAGAUGGCUUGAUGCAGUUUGUAAGCUCAAAGUCAGGGUAAAGAUGGGAACUGGGCAGGGAGGGGGAAGAGAAUGCCUGCUAGAGUGAGGAGACUUUGAAGAGUGACAGUACAUACUUCUUUGUUUUUGUUUCAGGGGGCCUUUAAAGACUUUUAGGAUUAAAUUAUAUUUGAGGCACUGACACACUAAGUUUGAGGUUAUUUAAAGUGUAAAUUAAGAGUUUAAAAAAAGACAGAGAUGAGACUAUCUCCCCUAACUAGUCCCUCUCCCCUGCCCAGUGUAGGAGUUGUCCACUGAUUGUAGAUUGAACUAGACUAAUACAGAUAUGGGCCAGGAUGGGCCCCCCUGCCUCAUCUAGAGUGGAAGCCCUAGUGUAUGCCCUGCCCCAACAGGGUCAUUGCUGGUUACAGGGAAUCUGCAUUCACUUCUUUACUUUGGAGAUUUAGGGUUUUGUUUUACUUAGCCUACUCCCACACCCAACCAAACAUCUCCCCACCAGUAGGCCAAAAACCAGAACUGUGAUCCCCCAAAUUACUUUUCCAUAGGAAUCAUGUUAUCAUGUUGGAGUCUCAGCACCAACCCCAAACACAUUACAACCUGCUCCAAUGCCUCCCCCCCCCCGCCAUAAUGUGCGCGCGCGCACACACACACACACACACACCUGAGCUGUUAAUUAUCAGGACAUUUUGGCAUCUUCUGCCACCAGUUGAACAGAGACAAUGGCAUUUGUUAAGACUUGGACUUUUUUGUUUAUUUUUCCUUUAAAAGAUGAGGUCUUGGAUACCUUUUACUAUUUUAAAGAAACUGCCUUCAUGCAGACUUUAUGUACUUGCUACUCCUUGAGCUAGAAGAACUUUGGACUUAGCAUAUUGGGGACUUCUCUUAUCCUUCAUUUUGUACAUACCACUGGUUUAGGCCUCUUCCUAUGUCACAGUCUCUCUGUCUCCACCUCCCACACCAUGUUUACUGUGAACUGUGUUCACAUCCAAAUAGAUCAGGCCACAAACCUCUACCCACUUCUUUUUCCAUAUGUACUCUAAAGAGCGGGGGCCUGCAAAUGGCCUAGCAUGCUGUCUUUAUGAUAUGCCCACAGGGAUAAUCUUUUCUUUUUAAAACUUGGAGGUGAAAAUCACUUGAACAGGUUUGAUCCUGUUAGUAUUAGACCCCAAGGCUUAGGGCAUUAUUAAUAUAAAUAACCACAACUUCCCCCCCCUAAAAAAAACCAAACUUGUUCAUCCAAGUCAUCCUCUCCUUCCAACUCCCCUCUUAACCCUUAACCCCCGCCUUCCCUGCCACGUGGUUCAUUGUUUAGAGCCCCAUUUGCACAGGUUUUUCAGUGGUUCACAAUGCUCUGCUGCCUCUUCUUUGAGAAAGGACUGAAAUACACUCCUCUCACUGUGUCCCCUUCAUCCAUCACCUCCAAUCCUGCCUGUAUUUGUGUGGAUCCCCUGUCCCUAGAACCAAGCCGUGGAGAUGGACACACUGUCUAUGAACCCCUCGGUAACUGUUGAGAGUCCUGUUGCAGAUUUCAGGUUAUUCUGUAUAAAACACAAAAUAAAUGUUUUUAUUAACAAA